AUGACUAUUUCCUUAGAUAUGACACUUUUUGCAACACAAGAAGAAAGGAUCCUGCAGCUUAAUGCUCUGGAUGAAAUAAAAAAAUCUGCCCUGCAGCAUACUAAAUCUAUUCAAAAUCAACGCAUGAAAUGGAAUGAUCUCUAUGUCAGGGAUAAAUCAUUCAAGGAAGGUGAUUGGGCUCUUCUCUAUGACUCUAGGUACCAAGAUAACAUAGGCAAAUUACAGACCAGAUUGUUAGGCCCUUAUGAAAUAGUUGAGACAUUUCCCAAUGGUGUUUCUAUAUUAUCUACCAUAGAUCUUGUUAGGUUUAAAUUGUUAGUUAACAGUCAUCAGCUACGCCUAUACCAUAAACCUCUAAGAAAAGAUGACUUCCUGUGGCAUUUUUCCACUUCUUCGCAUGCCGAGAUUCCUGCAGUGACUGAUGAUGGCUUGGUCGUCACCACUCCAUCUUAA